AUGGAUGCCUUCUCCUACGAGCAGGCCUGCAAAGCAACGGCCGCUCUGCGGAUCGAGCAUGACAUUGAAGCCAAGGCGCGGGAAGGGCCCAAAGUCGACCCAGGACCACGGACUUCAGAUAUGACAGUUGGAGAGGCGUUGCAAGAAAUCGAAGACAACAUGAUGAGUGAGAAAUUCUGGGUGGAUUUAGGACAAGGAGUCUUCGAGACCAGAAAAGCUCUCGAGCAGAAUUCAGAGGAAGGGCGGAAGAAAGCAGAUGCCUGCCUCAAGGAGGUCUCUGACCAAAUCAAAGACCUGCAGAGCAUGUACUUUGCGAAUGAAAGGAAUGUCAUUGAGCAGAUUCGCUCAUUGUUCGAGCGCGAGGAGGCGGUAACUCUCGGGACGUGCCUUGCAGGAGUGAGGACAACUCGCUCCGAAGGUGUGCAGCUCGGUGGCCUCUUCUCGUAA